UUUUGAGAAGUCAGCAGAUAGUACGAUUGUUCUCCACAGCCUGUGUCAUCCUGCCCUGUUAUUGCUGAAGGUGUUCUACACCUGAAGACCCUGACGUUGCCGAACUCCCUAGCAUUUAGACUCAUCUGGAGGUCGUUUUGUGCUUGCUAGAGGAGCGUGCAGGGCUGCGGCUGCAGUGUUUUUCGGCAAUACCUGUACUUUCCACCUAGUUUCGAUGGCGUCCGCCACUUUCGCCAGCAUUUCUGCACCAACUUCCGCCGUCCUCAAGUGCGAAACUUCGGCGAGAAGGUCACUCAACGCCUCUACCUCCUUCGUGGCUCGGCGGCUUCCGUCCGUGAAGCUCCAAUACCCGGCAGCCUCGAGAAGACCGAACCAGAUCAACGCAAUGUUCAGCGGAGGUGAAGACGGCAAGACUGAAAAGAAGAAAUUCAUCACCCAAGAAGAAGAGCCCGAUGAUAUUGGCAGACAUCGUCUGAGAGGGAGGGAAAAGGGCCAAUGAGCACAGUCCUUCCCUACAUUGCCAUUUUUGGGCUCCUGACACCCUUCAUAAUCCUAGGGAUUGCCUUUGCCAAUGGCUGGAUUGAUGUUCCAGCUAGGUAACUCCGCUUCAGCACCAACCUUGGAUUCCAGGCUCGUCUAAGAAGAGCCUAUCCAUAUUGUGUACAUGUAAGGAGGGUGUACUGCAUUGAAUGGUUGUCAUCGUGCAUUGUCCCUGCACGACUUAUUACAGCCUCCCAGACGGACUACGUGCAUUCAAUGAUUGUAGGCGGAUGUUGCUGUAUAGACGAACAUAGCCAGGCCACCUGGCAUACACCUGAGAAAUGAGACCCUUCAUGAUGAUGAGCAUAUGACGA